UCACUCUCGAUCCUUCAUCCAUAGAAUCCACCAUGGCCGCUCACCAGAAGGGAAAUACUGCAGGUGACUCCAAGUCGCAGGAAGAAGCGAUGAAUGUCAUUCGAAAGAUGACGAAAGGCAAUAAUAAACCGGAGGAAGAAUGCUGGCUGCAGAUCAAAAAGGGGCUCUGGAUCACGGAUGAAAUUUGCGAUGCGGUCCAAGAGACCAAGGCGCGCCACAAAAAAGCCACCAUCUGUUGUUCGUGUGACGGAAAGAUUGGUCGUCUACUAAAAAUUUUGUUGAGUGAAGGGUCGGCUUGUUCCUGCUUGACGUUGGACCAGAUAACAUUAUUAUGUGGCGACCAAGAACGGAAUCAGGGGUUGGUUACUUGGCAAGCCUUGGGGUCUGCCUUGGCGUCAUCGAAUCUAAAACAUCUCACCAUCACAAACACGUCGCUGCCUCCACAAGGCAUGGCGGCAUUGGCCGCCGGAUUGGGAGUCUCCUCUACAAGACUUCAGACCCUUACUCUCGCGGAUACGCAGUGGGAAGAGGCGGACGACAAAGCCUUGGCGAGUGCUCUAUCCCACAAUCGGCACUUGCAAACCAUCCGCUGGCAAAGAUGCGGACUGGAAGAUGCCCGAUUGGCUCGCCUGGUCCAAUCGCUUCGGGAUCACCCGUCUCUGUUAGAAUUGAGUUUGUCGGGAAACAAAUUUGCUCACGAGACCAGUGUCGCCUUGUCGGAGCUGUUGCAGUGUUCCGACCUUCAAUCGCUGUGUCUGGACAAUCAUGCGUAUCGACAUCGACGCAAUAGAGACAAACUGAAUAUAGAAAUGUUGGCAUUGGCACUGGGACACAACACAAAGCUGCGCUCUCUAGAUUUAUCCGACAAUCUCCUGGACGAUACGGACUUGGACUUGUUGGCACGUGCCAUGAGCCACCAUUCCUAUCUGCAAACGAUCAUCUUGGCGUACAACAAGAUCUCUCAUGAAGGCUUUUCCCGUUUCGUCCAUCACUGGCUGCCACGCAUUCACCAUCUCCAGACGUUGGAUCUGCGAGGAAACUGGAUGGAAGAUAUUAUUAUUGGUCCAGCAAAAAGAAGAAAUAGUAGCCAUCACGAAGCGCAACUUCUCAGGAACCAUGCCAUCAAAGCCAUGGUGGAAUUGAAGGAUGUCUCAUUGAUCAAAGCUGUGGCUCUUCCCGAACGAAUUUCACCGGGGCUCUGGCAUUUGCUCUUGAAUCGUCUGCAAAAGAUACUACAUCAGCAGAACGAAGCGACAACAGGACUUGCCGGCACUACAACUAUUGAGGAUUUGCUCUAUCUCACAAUAAGAGGACCCAUGGUGUCAUCAUUGAAUCUAUGACCUUUGUCUAGCUAGCUAGCUAUCGGCAACAGUGAGAUCUUGUGCGGCAUACUUUGCGGGCAAGUUCUGACCGCAAGGCAACAUCAUAGAAGAUACUAUACUCGAUGAAAUUGUAUUCUUGAUAUGCAAUGGCAUUGGCCAGCUCUUUUCUCACUUUCUCACGCCCUCAAGAACUGGAAGUGGACUUGAAGCUCUCAUGUCAUCAAGCCAGCCAGCCAGCAAAUGGGCGGCUCCAACGUAUGAUAUGUGCUCGAGUAGUCUGGGUAGUCUACCGUACCGGAGGGAGAAUUCGUAUUUCUUCUUUUGUUGGAGUUGUUGCUGUUGAUCAACUCAUCAGUGGCCUCGACGACCGCGAUGUUGCUUGGCAGAGCAAUGCUGGCUAACCUAGACACUCUAGCUACCUGGCUAACCUAGACACUCUAGCUACC